AUGUCAACAGAAGCCGAGAGCCAAGACAUGCCGAAUUCUACUCCUAUCAAUGACAGCAUGGUGUGUGAUACUAAGGAGAUAUAUGAGGUCAAGAAAGAUCAAUUCGGCCAGAUCACUUGGUUGGCCAAGUAUCCCGAUGAUGUGGAAGAUGCUGCUGAGAAUGCGGAGACCGCCCGUUGUGCCAUUCUUUUACGCUACAGGAAAAGCUUCGAUUCUCGCAAGAAAAUGGAAAUGGAUAGCAUCAUCAUCCAGAGUCCAUUGCUCAAGCAAGUUUUGAACAAAGUUAUGAAGGAUUAUCCUGGUGUAACUACAAGCUUGCAGAGACUCGAAUUCAAAUCCCCCUUCAAUCCAUUCGUUCAUCGCUGGAUCCAACUGUUGCAGGCCAUCGAGAACGAGAACGAUGAAGAUACAAAAGCUCAUCUUGUUCUUUUACAAAAGAUUCUCGAACCAGAACUCAAAGACGUGAUCGAGGCCAGAAUUGACUACAUCGAGAACAAGGUUGUUACUUACGAUCACCUUUGGACUAUUUUCCAACCAGGUUGCAUAUUAUACAAGCCAAUAUGGGGUCGUGAUUCUGCUGUAAAGUUUUCUCAUGGCGUUGCUAUCAACGAUGAGAAGAAAGGUCACGUCUAUCGAGUAUACUGCUAUAUGGUGAAUUGGGAUGGUGAAAAAUUUGGAUUUGACUUGGGUCAUUGCGAUAUUUCAGAGUUUAUAGGCACGGCCGAGAUCGAUACACUCCCUGUCUUUCCACUCGAGUUUCAUCCAGAUGAAAAGAAGAUUAAGGCUAAGCUUUUCAAACGCGGAAAACUAUUUGAACAAUAUCGUGGUCAUCAUUUUAGAUAUUACAAGUCCUUUGCCAUUGGUGAAGAUCCUGAAUGUGGCUGCCCUAUCAAGGUAACCGUUGAUAGUCGUAUCAUUAUUGAUACUCGUGCAUAUGGCAAAUACAACCCCAACAAAGUUUCACCCCUCAAGGCGCUUAACCAUAAGAGGGCUUCUGAAAUCGUCGAUCUAGAGUCAGACUAUGGAAGCGAUGAGUACGAGCUAUAUGAGGACGAUAUCAAUUACUCCCCUAGAAACCCAACUUUGAACAGAGAUAAGGAUUCUACCUGGUCCACCAUCAAACCCCUCGCCUCAGAACAUCUCAUCAUUUGUUCUCCUCUUCUCAAAGGAUAUGCUCUAAAAGAGAAACUUUGGCUUGAAUUUUUGGUUGAUGUUCCUACCGACAUCGCCUGGAGCAAUUCUGCAUUCCAAAAUCUCGUCCUUCCGCCAGCACAAAAAGAACUGAUUCACGCCAUCGCAACUUCCCAUAUCUCAAACUCUUCGAAGUUCGACGAUGUCAUUAGCGGCAAGGGCAAAGGCAUAAUCUUUCUGCUUUCAGGUGGCCCCGGUAUUGGGAAAACCUUGACUGCCGAAUCUGUUGCCGAGCAAAUGCAAGUUCCACUCUACGUGCUUUCGGCCGGAGAUUUAGGCACAGAAUCUAAAGAUGUUGAGUCAGCUUUGCGUUCAGUCCUUCAGAUGGUCACCAGUUGGAAUGCGAUCUUAUUGUUGGAUGAAUGUGAUGUUUUCCUCGAGGCACGAACUUCAAAUUCGCUUGAACGCAACAAGAUUGUUUCGAUCUUCUUACGAACACUUGAAUAUUAUGAAGGGAUUUUAUUCAUGACCACAAAUCGUGUCAACAAUAUUGAUCCUGCUUUCAAAUCACGCAUUCAUUUAAGUAUGGAUUUUAAAGAUUUGGAUAAGAACGCUAGAGAGAAAAUUUGGAGAAACUUUCUAUCGCGUGGAGAGGAUCAAGGACAUCAUCAUCAUCAUCAAAUCACUGAUGUUGAGAUUGGCAGAUUGGCGGACUCAAACAUUAAUGGAAGACAAAUUAAAAAUGUUUUAAAGACUGCUAAGUUGCUCGCUAGUCACAAGGGUGAGCUUCUCAAGUUCGAACACGUUGGAACCGUUAUGAGUGUGGAGGGAAAUUAA